UAAGUUACAUAACUAAAUAAAAGUUACAUAACUAAAUAAUUAUGGAGCUUGUUAUAAACAAUCAUAUACUCAAGAAAGAAAUCUGAUUGAAGAUAUUGAUAGCAAUGAUCGUAAGCUACUUGAAAAACGAACAAAUCUAAAACAACAAUUACUAAUAUAUGCACACACCAUCAUGAUAUGUUAGUUGUAAGAUAUGAGGGUAAUCAGAAAAGUUGCUGUAAUCCAUUUCUGAGUCACUAAAAGCAUCUCUAUGUGUGAUUACAAUGCAUACUGUGUUAGAAGCAGAAACCAUAGGUUUAAACCUUAUACCUGGAAAAACCUGUGUCCAACCUGUCGAAGUAAAGUUAUAUGUUUAUCAAAAAGUAUAAGUGAAAAUAAAAACGAUGAAGAUUUUGAUAUUGUUAAUGAAAGAUCCAUUCAAAAUAAAAAAGAAAGUGUAGAUACACACUUUGCAUCUGCCGGAGUAUCUCCAAUUAAGGUCAAAGGAUUGCACAAGUCAGGUAAAAUCAGAGAAGGUAAACGAAAAUUGACAGCAUUAACAACCUCCAUUAAAAAAAAGGUAGCCAUUUCCCUUAAUAUAUCAGAAGAAAGUUUUGAAGAACAGUCAAGUUUUAAUAAUGAGUAUAUGGAAAAAGCAAACUUGUUUGAUAACAUGAUGGUAUUGUUAACUAACAAAAUUGCAGAGUCUACAUCAACAUCAAAAAAAGUACAACUUGCGACAUUUGCUCUAACAGACUGGUCAAUAAAAAAGGUACCUGAAACAUUGCAUGUAACAAACUAUGUAGCUCGAACUGCACAUAAGUUAACAUUAGAAAAAGGUAUUUUAAGCAUGCCUAAUCCUAAAUUAGGAAAAGCUCUUCCUGAUGUAACAGUUCAACUGGUCAAGACCUUUUACGAAGAUGAUGAACAUAGUCGUAUAAUGCCUGGUAAAAAGGACUAUGUAAGCAUAAAGAAAAAUGUCCACAUGCAAAAACGUUUGCUCUUAUGUAAUUUAAAGGAAUUGUUUGUUACCUUUAAAACCAAGAACCCAGAAAUAAAAAUAGGAUUUUCAAGGUUUUGCAUCUUGCGACCUAAAUGGUGUAUUACUGUUGGUGCCUCAGGAACACAUUCUGUAUGCGUCUGUGCUAUUCAUCAGAAUUUGAAACUGCUUUUACAUCCUCUUGGUGUGACAUACAUAGAAUUGUUACCUUAUAUUGUCUGUGAUAUAACUAAUAAAGACUGUAUGAUGAGGAAAUGUGAAAAAUGCCCAGCAACUAUGAAUGCAUUGGUUGAAAAACUUUAUGAUAUACUUUGAGAUUUGAAGAUGAUGAUGAGAUUGAAUUUGAUCAAUGGACAAUAACAAAUAGGUCAAACUUGACACAUAAUAAAGAGCCAGUGUUUGAAUACAUUGAACUAGUAUGUAGAAAACUGGAAAAACCUGCACCACAAUCGUAUUUAGCAAAGAGUCAAGCAUUAUCCCUGAGAUCAAGAAAGAAAGAUAUGAAUGAGGUAACAGCAUUAUUUCUGGGUGAUUUUUCAGAAAACUAUAAAUUUGUAGUUCAGGAUGAAGUGCAAAGCUUUCAUUGAACAAAUUUACAAUGUACACUUCAUCCAGUGAUUAUUUAUUUCAAAAAAGAAGGCAUUCUCAAGCACAAAUCCUAUUGUAUUAUUUCGGAUGAUAUGAUCCAUGAUGUGAACAUGGUUUAUAAAAUUAUUGAGGUUGUUUGCAAUGAUAUAAAAACAAAUUUGCCUCAAAUAAAAAAUAUUGAAUACUUUUCAGAUGGGUGUGCAGGUCAAUAUAAGAAUUGCAAAAAUAUGUUAAAUCUUUGUUUCCAUUGUGUAGGUUUUGGUUUUACUGCUAAAUGGAACUUUUUUGCAACUAGUAAGCAACUUUGUGAUGGGAUAGGUGGUACAGUCAAACGUCUGGCAACACUAGCAAGUUUGCAAAGAGAUAUGGAUAAUCAUAUUUUAUCUCCACAAACAAUGUAUAAAUAUUACAAUGAAAACAUUGAAGGCAUAAAUUUCAUAUAUAUUUCAUCAGAAGAUUUAACUUUGGUAUAACUUUUAUUGAUAAACUCAAAUAGAUAUUAGAUUUUUGCAGAAUCGUUAUCAAAAAUAUUUGUAUUUUAUUUUAUUUCCUCUGCAUUUGCUAUCUAUGCAUUUCAUAAAACAUGUUUGAUAAGUAAAAGGAAACAAUUGCAUAUGUUACUAUUUUGUUUAGGUACCCAGUGGGCACACGACGUUAUUUUGACGUUGAUUUACAGUUGAUUUUUAGUCGUGACGUCGUAUAACCAAAAAUCAACAUUGUAUCAACGUUGAAAAAUUUGUU